CUCUUCUCUCUCUUGCGAUUCAAUUUUUCCUUUUGGUUAUUUUGGUUAUUAUUUCUCACACACACAACACCGAAACCGCCUUUUUCAAAGGCUACAGCGUCUCUCUCUUCUCUUCUUCUUUUCCCUCUUCGAUUCUUAGGGUUUCGUAAAUACUCCAUCAGAAUGUUCCAGAAAACUCUCUAAUUUCAAUAUCAUUUUCUUCUUCACAACACUCGCUUGAUUUUUUUCAUUCACUUUUUAUUCUUUUUCUUCAGAUUGAAGCUGCUGAUUUAUACUUAUAAGUUGAAGCCUGAGUUUUGAAUUUUUAACCAUUCAAAGUCAUGUUUAAUGAAGGAGCUCCUGAAUUUGUUGUUGAUCAAAGCAUGUAUUACCCUGCUCCCACCAAUUAUGGUUUUUACUGUACAGGAUUUGAAUCACCCGGUGAAUGGGAGGACUACCCUAGGAUUUUUGGUGUAGACGGUCCUGAUAUUCAGUACUCGGGUGCGCAAGAUGAAAGUUUUCCAUAUGUAUAUUUUACACCUAGCUAUGGAUUUGCACAGUCUCCAUACAAUCCAUACAAUCCUUAUAUUCCAGGUGCUAUGAUGGGAGUUGAUGGGUCAUUUGGAGGAGCACAACAGUAUUACUCCCUCCCCAAUUACCAAAACCCUGUUUCUGCGCCAGCUUAUUUUCCUCAUGUUCAAUCAGAACAUUUUCAUGACAGUUCUGUUGAUCCAUUAUUUGAUAACAAUGCUUCUGUCAAUAGACCUGAUGGAAGAGGUACGAACCAUAAGUUCAAUUCAGCCUCUGCUUCUUUUACUAUGAACUCUUCAAAACCAUUAUCAAAUCAGACAAGUUCCUUAGUCUGGGAACCUGAGGGGCCAAGAGCUGAUGCUUUGGCAAAGAAAGAUUUGACAAAUGGAAGCGGCCCUAACAGUGGUUUUCCUAAUUUUGCUUCAUCACCUUAUCAUCAGGCUAGAAGUGCUGAUGUCUCAUUCCAGCCUAAAGAUACUUUUUCCAAUGGAAAUAUUUUGUCACAUCGUAAUCAAUUGAAUGUAGCUUCCCCAAUGGGUAAUGGGUUUUCUGACUAUGGAUUGAAUGCUACUGGACAGUCUGCUAUUGCCAAAUUUCGGCCAAAGGUUCAUGCUGCUAAAGUGCCGGGUGAUUUAAAUAGGGGCGGUGAUGUACUAUUGGGUGAGCUAAAUCGGGGCCCUAGAACUAGUAGGCCGAAACAUCAUAUGGCUGUCAAAGCCUAUACAGCCAAGGCAGGAGAUGCCAACACUCAAGAGAACAUUAUUUAUACUGAUCAAUAUAACAGGGAGGACUUCCCUAUUGACAAUGAAAUUGCGAAGUUUUUUGUUAUAAAAUCAUACAGUGAGGAUGAUGUUCACAAAAGCAUUAAAUAUAAUGUGUGGUCAUCAACACCCCAUGGAAACAAGAAACUGCAGAGUGCUUUCGAAGACUCUGGGAGAAAAGCUAUUGGAAAAUCUGGAGGCUGUCCUAUCUUUCUUUUCUUUUCAGUUAAUGCCAGUGGUCAAUUUUGUGGAGUUGCUGAGAUGGUUGGUCCUGUUGACUUUGAUAAGGAUGUGGACUUCUGGCAGCAAGAUAAAUGGAGUGGGAGCUUCCCUGUAAAGUGGCACAUCAUAAAAGAUGUGCCAAAUACCAAUUUUAGGCACAUUAUACUAGAAAACAACGAGUUCAAGCCUGUAACUAAUAGCAGAGACACACAAGAGAUAAUGUAUAGGAAGGGUCUGGAAAUUCUGAAGAUAUUCAAAAAUUAUACUUUGAAGACAUCUUUGCUUGAUGACUUUAUGUACUAUGAAAACCGACAGAAGGUCAUGCAGGAGGAGAAAGCUAAAUUUCUAAGCAAGAAUUUUGGAAGUCCAUCAUCAGUACCAGUGUUGGAGCCACCCCGAAAGCUGACUUAUGCUUUUGAAAUUCCUCCUGUCAGUGAUGAGAAAAAUUCAAAGAUGGAUGAUCUGGAUAGCUUAAAACACACUUCAAUUUCAAGUGUUGGAGCCACUGUUAAUAGUUCUGAUGCCACCAGCAAUGCAUCUGUGGAUGAAAAGGCUGAGACCGGUGAAGUUGAUAGCCAAGAUAUUUCUUCUGUCCUGAAGAUUGGUUCUGUCACCAUUACCCCCAAACAGGUACCAAUUGAUGUUGUCACAGUAGGCUCAAUGCAAGUUAAAGUUAAUGGAUUUUCCGAGUCUUCUGGUGUUUUAAAGGUUGGGAGUACCCCACUUGAUUCCAGAUCUCUACAGGCAGGCAAAGGAACCUCUGACAUCAACACUGGACCUCAACCUUAAGUUUUGUCUGGGGAUGUCAAAGGCAUAAUUUCAGUCUAAAUUGAAAGAUGGAUUAAUAUCUCCCUGAUUGUUUCACAAUUGGGAAGUUGGGUUUCUUUUUUAUAUUUGUUGGUAUCUUUCACUUGAUUGAUACAAAGACCAAACCGUUAGAUGAAUCUUUCUAGCGAGUUUGAUACAGAAAGCUUUAAAAGACUUCAUCUUUAUAUUUUGUCGGUCAGCAAACAGUUCACAUGGUUGUUUUCUUCCUUGCAGAUUUCAUCCAUUAUUUUGUCUUAGUAUGAAACUUUUGCUGUUACAUGUCUCGUUCUGUUAUGCUUUGAGGUUUCCAUUCUGUUAUGUUAAGAUGGAACUUGUCAUGUGCUUUUUUAGUUUGUUUGAUAAAUAAAGAAAGAUAUGUAACAUCUGAAUCAAUAAAAGUUUGCUUCAAGACUGAAAUUGAAUAUGUGUAUGUCUUUCUUGGGUUUUAAGUGAAUUCAAUAAGACUGAACGUGCCCCACAACUUCCAUUA